AUGUAUUCUUGGUCAUGGCCUGAGAUUAAACGCCGGCUUGAAUGGUUCGUAUCGCCGUUGUUACUGUGGUCUAUAGGCCGGAAGAAUAAAAGGGGUUCUGAUCAUACUUUGAUUUGCUUCAGUCCGGUCGAUGAGGACGCGGAAUACGAGAAUACAACAUGGUGUAAUCGUGAUUUAAUUCCCAUUCCAUCGGAGCGUAGGACUUAUGGCGUUUGGUCCUACUUUGGGUAUUGGACCGUAUCUGGGUCUUGUAUCUCAGCUUGGUCGACGGGGAGCACGCUGCUUUCCUUCGGACUUAGUCCGCAGCAGGCCAUCGGGGUUGUUAUCAUCGGAGGAUUUCUCUCUGGCUUACUUGCUGUAGCAUGUGGAUGGAUGGGCGAAGUACAUCACAUUGGCUUCACAGUCUCUAGUCGCUUCUCCUGGGGAAUGAGGGGUUCCUACUUCCCCGUUAUCCUUCGAAUCUUUGUAUCUUGCAUGUGGUUUGGUAUGCAAGCUUUCUGGGGAGGCCAAGCAAUGCGAGUUAUGAUUGGUGCUAUCAUUCCUGGAUUUGUUCACAUGAAGAACUUCUUUUCGGCAAGCUCACACCUUCAGACAAAUGACUUCAUUGGGCUUGUCAUCUGGAUGUGUGGCUUCAUCCCUGCCGUCCUGAUCCGACCAGAGAAGCUCCAGAUCCCGUUCUUCGCCUGCUUUAUUCUCUUCUGCGGCUCCUGCUUCGGCAUUCUAUCUUGGGCCGUUUCACAAGCCCAUGGCGCUGGCGACCUCUUCCACGAACCCGGAACCACCCCGAACACCGGCUGGGCCUUUAUGUUCGGCAUCACCGCGAUCCUUGGCUCCUGGGGCUCAGGAACUCUCGGUCAAUCUGACUGGGUUCGUUACUCGAAGCGUCGGUAUGCGCCAACCCUUUCACAGCUUGUCGCUUGCCCGGCUACAAUCGCUAUCACUGCGAGUAUGGGGAUUAUUGUGACUAGCGCGUCGAGCAAGGUCAUGGGUGGGGAAAUCCAGUGGAAUCCCGUUUAUCUCCUUGCGGAUAUCCAAGAAUAUUACCACUCUAGUCCGAGAGUGCGUGCUGGGGUCUUCUUUGCUAGUCUGGGAAUGGUUGCCUCGCAGUAUUCGAUCAGUGUGAUCCUCAACAGUGUUAGCUGUGGAAUGGACAUGGCCGGUCUGUGGCCGAAAUAUAUCAAUAUCCGACGUGGAAGCUAUAUCAUGGCUAUCAUCGGAAUCGCUGUCCAACCGUGGCAACUCCUGUCCACCGCAGAUAAAUUCCUCGUUGUCCUCAGUGGUUUUGGUGUCUUCAUGGCGCCUGCAACAGGCCUCAUGCUAGCCGAUUACCACAUCAUCCGCCGCCACAGACUGAAACUUUCUGACCUCUAUCGCGGCGACAGUAGUUCGAUAUACUGGUUCCGGUCUGGUGUGAACUGGCGCAGUUUUGUUGCUUUCACAAUGGGGAUGUGGCCGCUGCUUCCCGGCCUCGCAGCAAACGUCAACUCGUGGGCCGGAAAGUGGACUGGGUGGCUAAGAUUAUACAAUCUAACAUUUCUCGUGGGCUUAGCUAUUAGUUUUCUUGUCUUUUGGGCGCUGAAUCUCUGUUUCCCUGUAAAUGGGGUGGAUGAGGACGGCCCAUUUAUUCCCGAGAGCGAUGGUGUUGACGAAGUUUUAAAUAAUUCUGGUGAGGAGAGGGCAUAUCUGGAGACAAGGAAUGAGAAAGCCCUGGAGAUCGUCUCUGCUGUUUAGUCGGUUUUCGUGUUUUAGUUAUUAAUGGCCUUGGAUGUUUGAG